AUGCUCUUUCUGCUCGGCGGAUUACCAUCGCCACUCGCACGAGUCUGCCGGUCGGUGAGGUCCUCCGGCAAUGAGCGCUCGGCUUUGGCGGAGCGCAACGAGCGACUGAUGCGCAUGCAGAAGGAGCUGCUGGAUCAGCUGGAGGAGCGGCGUAAGCUACACGCCGCGUUAUUGCAGUCGCUGGACACGCCAGCUGCCACCAUCAAGGCGUUCAACGAGUCGGAUCGCGGGGGUCUCCCACCCGUGUCUCGCCAAGACCUUCAGCCCGCGUCACCAGCUCGCCUCGCCCGUCCCCCUCCUGCGUCGCCCCCGUCGGCUCCGCCAAUGGCUGCGCCUGCACCCGUCGCCUCCACUGCCACAGUUACUUCCCGCGCACCCCCUGCUUCGCCUAAACCCGCACCCGUUGCUGCGCCAACCCCCGCAGCAGUAACCGCCAGCAAAGCGCCGUCGCUCCCAGUCAAGGCGCCCUCCUCAUCGACGCCGUUGCGGCCGCCCGCCGCCCGCACGUCCGCCGCUGCUAAGCCCGCGACAUCGCCCGUCGCUAUUCCUUCCAGAAUGCCACCUCCCGUCUCUCCUCCCGCCUCUACCCCCUCCCCUCCCGCUGCCCGGCCUUCGCCUUCUCCUGUCGCUGCCGGCCCCCCUGCUGCUACGAAACCGCGCGCCGUCCCUGCUGCUCCACCAUCCUCGCCGGCCACUCGGCCUCCACCUCGAUCCCCUGCCCCCACCCCGAAUCAACCCGCAGCACCUUCGGCACCUUCCCUUCCACCUUUCGUCAGUGCUGUGGCAGCUGCGCGAGCGGCGCCCAAGGUUGCUGCACCUGCCACCCCACUCGCCGUUCCUAAGCCAAGGCCGUCCGCUCCUCCAGUCGCCCCGCCUCGCGCCGCGCCGCCUCCCCCAAAGCCUGUAGCGCCGCCCGCGCCAGCGGCAGUUGUUCCGUCACCACCGCCGGCAGAGGUGAAGACGGAACCGCUGGCGGGGCCGAAUGUGAUGAACGUGGUGAUGGUGGCGAGCGAGUGCGCGCCCUGGUCCAAGACCGGCGGCCUCGGGGACGUCGUCGGCGCGCUGCCCAAGGCCCUCGCGCGCAGAGGCCACCGCGUCAUGGUGGUGGUGCCUCGCUACGGCAACUACGAGGGGCUGGAGAGCACAAACGUUCGCAAGAGAUUCAACGUCGCAGGCCAGGACAUGGAGGUGCUGUACCAGCACAAGUACGUGGACGGCGUGGAUUUCGUCUUCAUCGACCACAACUGGUUCCACCACCUCAACCAAAACAUCUACGGCGGUUCGCGCGAGGAGGUGACCAAGAGAAUGAUUCUUCUCUGCAAGGCAGCCAUUGAGGCGCCGUGGCACGUGCCAUGCGGGGGGGUGUGCUACGGGGACGGCAACCUGGUGUUUGUGGCGAACGACUGGCACACGGCACUGCUGCCGGUGUACCUGCAGGGGUACUACCGCGACCACGGCAUGAUGGAGUUCACGCGCUCCGUGCUCGUCAUCCACAACAUGGCCCACCAGGGCCGUGGGCCCGUGGCGGAGUUCCCCUGGCUGGGCCUGCCCGACCACUAUGUGGAGCGCUUCCGCCUGUACGACCCGGUGGGCGGUGAGCACAUGAACAUCUUCAUGGCCGGCAUCAUCAGCGCUCAGCGCCUCGUGGCUGUCAGCCGCGGGUACGCGUGGGAGGUGCAGACGCAGAUGGGCGGGUGGGGGUUGGAUGGUGUGCUGCGCGAGCAUGCAGGCAAGCUGCGGGGCGUGGUGAACGGCAUUGACACGGUGGAGUGGGGGCCUGAGAGCGACGUGCACCUCGUGGAGGACGGCGAUGGGCGCUACGGGUACACGCACUACAAUAUCGACACGCUUGAGGAGGGCAAGGCUGCCUGCAAGGCUGCUCUGCAGCGCGAGCUGGGGCUGCCUGUGCGCGCUGACGUGCCGCUGCUGGGGUUCAUAGGGCGGCUGGACUACCAGAAGGGCGUGGAUAUUAUCGCUGAGGCCAUGCCGUGGCUGACCCAGCAGGACGUGCAGCUCGUCAUGCUGGGCACGGGGCGAGAGGACCUGGAGAACGUGCUGCGCGAGAUGGAGGGCAAGCACAAGGACAAGGUGCGCGGCUGGGUGGGCUUCUCCGUCAAGAUGGCCCACCGCAUCACGGCCGGCUGUGACAUCCUGCUCAUGCCCUCGCGCUUUGAGCCCUGUGGCCUCAACCAGCUCUACGCCAUGCGCUAUGGCACCGUGCCCGUGGUGCACGCGGUGGGCGGGCUGAGGGACACGGUGACGCCGUUUGACCCGUUCAACGACACAGGGCUGGGGUGGACGUUUGACCACGCGGAGGUGAACGGGCUGAUACACGCGCUGGGCAACGCCAUCUACACGUACCGCGACUACCGUGACUCGUGGCGCCGCCUGCAGCGCAGAGGCAUGGCGCAGGACCUCAGCUGGGACGCUGCUGCCGUGCAGUACGAGGAGAUUCUUGUGGAGGCCAAGUACACGUGGUAG